CCGGUAAAGAGGGGUUGAUUAAUUUCCAAUCUCUUUUCAUAUUUUCCGGAGUGCAUUUACAUUUAUUUCAUUCUACGAUCAACGCAGCAUCGAAAAGACCACGUUCCAGACGAUAAAAGAUUUCCAAAAGCUGUCGUCCAGAAAUUGUUGAAAACAAGGGGAACGUCUUUCAAAACAGUCGUCUCCUGUUGUAAUUCUAGCGGAUUGUCUGCGCAAGAGCCUAAACGGAAACCAAGGAGAAAACCAGUCUACUUUUCGAGAUGGCCGGCACAGACACUGAGGAAGUUUACCAACAGUACUACCAGACCACCGCGCUCGUGAUCCCUCUUUACGUUAUUACGAUUGUGGUCGGUGUAAUAGGCAAUGGUAUCGUCAUACGGCAGUACUUCAUAGACAAAUCCAUCCAUCGGAUCUUCAACUUUAUUAUCACACACCUCGCCGUGGCGGACAUGAUUAUCUGUGCCUUGUUUACCCCUCUACUUCUCGUGUACCGUAGCCACGCGUCCGCCAUGUUGGUAGCCUACUCGCCUCUGUGCGAAUUUGCCUUGUUCUCCUCCAUGCUCGCCAUCUCAAUGCAAUACUUUCUUUUCCCACUUCUCGCCUUCCAUCGCAAGGACGUCAUGCUGAAUCCGCGGGAACCCAAGCUCUUGUUCAAGAAAGCCAAGAACUUCGUGUACGGGUUCUGGGCUACCUGUGUUGCUGUGUCCGCGGGUCUUGUUGGGAUGGCCUGGUACAUAUUUCUCCACAGGGAGACCGGAGAGCCCAAGUUCUACCGAUGUCUUCUGAUCAACACCGGGAUUGAUGCGUUCACGCUGUACUUCUUGAUUUACUCGGCGGCCCAGUAUGGCAUGUCCAUCAUGAUCACAGUCUACUUUUACUAUAAGGUUUGGCAGGGUCUGAACACAAAGACCACGGGACUGAACGCGUCUGCCGAGGAGCGACACAUCACCAAGCUGUGCUUCUGGCUCGCCAUCGUCUACACUUGUUGCUGGACGCCUUUCCUUGUGGUGCAGGUCUCUGGGAUAUUUGGAAGGUACUCUGAGAUCUACUUCAACAUGCACGCAUGCUCGUCUGCGGUCGGAGUGAUCGGGUCAGCGAUCAAUCCCAUGAUCUACGUGUUUAUGGAUCCGUACUACAAGCGCGCCUUUCUCAAGUUCCUCGGCGCAUGCUCAGACAACUGCAAAGUGGAUGCCGCUAUACCACAUAGCAGCUAGAAACUUCCCAGUGCCAAACACAGAGUUCUUAAUAUAAAGACAUUGAACGCUUUACUCGACACAAAAGCUAAAAAUUGCUUAAGAAAACUUUACAAAUGUAGAAUAUAUUAUGUAGAGGAUUAGUUUGACAAAGCAAACUCAAUUCAAUCGUGUUAUAUGUGUCAAAACGCACCCACCCAAAAA